AUGCCUCCUACCACCAUGAAGCAAUGGGUCGUCCAAGACAAGGAACACGACUUUGACGGCCUUGUCUAUCAAGAUGCGGAGGUCCCGAAAGUCGGUGAGAAUGAAGUCUUAGUAAAGCUUCAGGCUGCGUCUCUGAAUUACCGUGACUUGGUUAUUCCAAAGGGUACAUAUCCAUUUGCACUCAGAUUCCCUGUUGUCCCGGGCUCGGAUGGUGCCGGUGAAGUGGUGGACGUGGGGUCCAAGGUCGUCGAGUUCAAGAAGGGGGACCCAGUGGCCACUCUCUUCAACCAGGGCCACCAGUUUGGAGAAAUCGACUUGCAGGCCGCUCAGACUGGCCUGGGUGGUGUGAUUGAUGGUACCUUACGAGAAUAUGCCGUGUUUAAUGAGCAGGGCCUGGUGAAGGCACCGCGAAAUUUGACAGCUCUCGAAGCUAGCACCCUUUCUUGUGCGGCCCUCACUAGCUGGAAUGCUCUUUAUGGGCUGAAGCCCGUGAAGCCAGGCCAGGUUGUUCUUGUGCAAGGAACUGGAGGUGUUAGCAUGUUCGGCUUGCAGUUUGCCAAAGCUGCAGGUGCAACUGUCAUUGCUACUACCUCUUCAUCAGAAAAAGCCGACAAAUUGAAGAAGCUUGGUGCUGACCAUGUCAUCAACUACAAGGCUGACCCCAACUGGGGUGAUGCUGCUCGCAAGCUAACCCCCGAUGGAGCUGGCGUGGAUCACAUUAUCGAAGUUGGCGGAAGCGGUACUCUUCAGCAGAGCUUCAAGUGUGUGAAAUUUGAGGGUAUUAUCAGUGUCAUUGGAUUCCUUGGAGGCGUUGACCCUAAGACUCAGCCGACUGUCUUGGAAACAUUGGCUCACAUUUGCACUGUGCGCGGUGUCUAUGUUGGUAGCAAGGCUCUGAUGAGGGACAUGGUGCGGGCUAUUGAGGCCAAUGAUAUCCAUCCCGUGGUUGAUGACAAGAUAUUCAGUUUGUCUCAAGCCCGAGAAGCGUAUGAGUACAUGUGGGCUCAAAAGCACUUUGGCAAGUUGACGAUCAAGAUCAACUAA